CGUGAGGCAGAAUUUCAGAAGAUGCGCCGUGACCUCGAAGAGGCAACUCUGCAGCAUGAAGCCACGGCUGCCACCCUGCGGAAGAAGCAUGCGGACAGCACAGCUGAGCUUGGGGAGCAGAUCGACAACCUGCAACGAGUGAAGCAGAAGCUGGAGAAGGAGAAGAGUGAGCUGAAGAUGGAGAUUGACGACUUGGCCAGUAACAUGGAGUCUGUCUCCAAAGCCAAGGCAAACCUGGAGAAGAUGUGCCGCACUCUGGAAGACCAACUAAGUGAAUUUAAAACAAAAGAGGAGCAGAAUCAGCGCAUGAUCAGCGAUCUCAGUGCUCAAAGAGCUCGUCUGCAGACAGAAUCUGGUGAAUAUGCACGCCAGGUGGAGGAAAAAGAUGCUUUAAUUUCUCAGCUGUCUAGAGGGAAACAGGCUUUCACCCAGCAGAUUGAGGAAUUGAAACGGCAACUAGAGGAAGAGAUAAAGGCCAAGAAUGCCCUGGCCCAUGGCUUGCAGUCAGCACGCCAUGACUGUGACUUGCUCCGGGAACAAUAUGAGGAGGAGCAGGAAGCCAAGAGUGAGCUGCAGCGUGCCCUGUCCAAGGCCAACAGCGAAGUGGCCCAGUGGAGAACCAAAUAUGAGACGGAUGCUAUUCAGCGGACGGAGGAACUGGAGGAGGCCAAGUACGUGAGGAAUGUGGGAAAG